AUGUGCAGAGUCUCCACAUCAGCCUCGGAAGCACCAGCAACCUCAGUUUUCCCACAUUUCCUGUUCCCCGGUACAGCAUUUCCGUCUCCAUCAACAGUAUCCGAAAUCUCAUCGCCAAUGAUAAUGCAAAAUUCAAUUGAUAUCUCUCCAGCACAGAUCCAGCAAGCCUACCUCUCGUUCUUAGUGGGGCAACAGCUGAAUUCGGCUGCUGCAGCAGCAGCGGCUUCAAAUCCACUCCGUAUCCUGGCUCAAGACCAAGGUUGGUUCAAAUCCUUUGAAGGGUUUUAUGACUGAAG